AUGGGCGGCAAGCAAGAUCACAAUACCCCAAAGUUGCAUCGCGUCGGAAAAUGGAUGCCCUCGAGCCACGCUGCACACCAGGAAUGGCUCGGCGGAGUCAUCACACAUGUUGACAAGAACACGUCCCAUAAAUUGCACCCCGUGCUGCAAGAAUUCAAAGAACUGAUCGAAUCCAAUUCCCGCGUCUACCUGCUCAUCUCCGCCAUGUUCGCCGAGAUCCCUCGUAAACGACCAUACAGUACCGAUCCGACAGGCUGCGCUCAGAUCCGCGACUACCACCACCUCCUGCAAGUUUUGAACUACCUUCUGACGACUGCACCUAGCUGGAACGACUUUUCACAUCGCGUCGGUCUCGUUGGUCUCCCGAUCAACGCAGUGUUGGACUGGAGCAUGGGUACGCCUAGCGGCUACGCCGCGUAUCUGGAUCCCGAAAUCAACAGGAUGGUCAAGAAGAUUCUCAAUGCGUGGGGGGACUACCUCAAGUCUCCCGAGUCUGCCUCGGUCCUCAACGAUACUUCCAGCGGCUGGUUCGGCUCCACGGCCAGGUCCGAUCUGGAGGAAGUCGGUAACGUUGGCGAGACUAGCCAUUCCUUCGAGGACCUGUACGUUUGCGACCCUUCGGCAAAGCACCACGGAUUCAAAUCGUGGGACGACUUCUUCACUCGUGUCUUCCGCGAGGGCGUAAGACCCGUCGCGUCGCCUGAGGAUGAUACCGUCAUCGCAAACGCAUGCGAGGCGCAGCCCUACAAGGUAGCCCACAACGUCAAAGAGCGAGACAUGUUCUGGAUCAAAGAGCAACCCUACUCGGUCCGCGAUAUGCUGAACCACGACGAGCUCACGCCGCAGUUUGUCGGCGGAACUGUCUACCAAGCGUUCUUGAGCGCGCUCAGCUAUCACCGCUGGCAUUCGCCUGUCAGCGGCAAGGUGGUGAAAGCAUACGUCGUUGAAGGGACGUACUACUCCGAGCCGUUGUUUGAGGGAGUAGGGGAUCCGUCGCCCCAUCAGAUCGACCUGUCCGGCCAGGUCACCGCCCAGGAGUAUAACAGCGCCACGGCAACGAGAGCACUGAUCUUCAUAGAGGCAGAUCACCCCGCCAUUGGCCUCAUGUGCUUCAUGGGCAUCGGUAUGUGCGAGGUUUCCACAUGCGAGAUCACAGUCAAGGAAGGUCAGCAUCUGAAGAAGGGCGACCAGCUCGGUAUGUUCCACUUUGGAGGGUCGACGUAUUGUCUGCUCUUCCGGAAGGGCGUCAAGGUGGAGGGAUUUCCGGAUCCUUCGAGAGGUCGGAACGUGCCUGUCCGAAGCUAUCUGGCAAAGGUGCAACCGUAA